AUGCCUUCCGACAAAGAUCGCCUUUAUGUUGCCCUGUAUGCUCAUGGAGGGGCACCGACCAUGCCGGGACUCGAAGACACGUAUCACUGGGCUCUCAUGCUAGGGCCGAAGAUCGAGACAGAGAACAGCAAAGGCGCUCGUUAUCAUGCUCUAGAAAAAAUCAGGUUUGUAGGGGAAUCUGACGACCCUGUGUCGACUUGGGAGUAUGACGAGCGAGAGAGCUCGUUGCUGGCGACAUCCAUGUUGCUUGUCCGAGUCAUAUUUGCCAAGGUCAAGGACAGAGACAGAUCGGAGUUUAUCCUAAGGAAUAUCCCGAUCCGAGCAGGGGAGGUGGGAUGGAAUUGCGUCGGGUGGGUGAAAAAGGCCAUAGAAACGGCUCUGAGUGAUAAGAAGGCCUUGGGCCCCCCCAAGAAUCUGAACUGGGAUUCGAUUCGAGAUACCGCCAUGUGGUAUGUCGAGAAGAAGAAGGCUGCACAUCGGUUUGAUGGAAGAGUGAAGUACGAUCAGGAGAAGGCUGCCACCUGGGAUAUGUUUGAUGGGGUUGAGUUGGUGCCUUGA